AUGCGCCUCGUCACCGAGGUCAAGGACGAGGCGCUCCUCGAAUACACCACCGCGGUCGGCUACGGCGGCGCGAUCCACCACAUGAAGAACUACGUUCUCCGACGCGAGCCCGCGUACAUCGACGCAUUCCACCUCUCCGUCGAGCGCGGACGCCACGCCGUCGCGCGCUACCGAUCGCUCGGCGAGCUCACCGAGGCGGAGCGCGACGCGCUCGACCUCCUCGAAGAGAUGCUCGGGCAGUACACGACCGCCAUCACGGAGGCGCAGGGCCUGUACGGUUUCGUCCAGGAAGUCGACGAGCAGAUCAUGGUCGACGAUUCCGCCUACAUCGCCGCGAUCCAGACGCUCAAGGGCACGAUCCGUUCGGAGGUCGCCAGCGCGAACGCUUCGCUCGAAUCGCAGCUGCUCGCGCUGCGCACGGUCGCCGUCGCCUUCAGCGCCCUCUCCCUCGUCAUCGUGGGCGGUUUCGGCGUCUACUUCACACUCCGUGUCGGGCGGCGCAUCACGGAUCAGAACGACGAGAUCCACCGCGAGAUCGAGCAGCGCGAGCAGGCCUGCCGUGUCCAGGACGAGUUCCUCGCCAACAUGAGCCACGAGAUCCGCACCCCCAUGACCUCCAUCCUCGGCUUCGCCAGCAUCCUCGAGAGCCCCGAGGAAACCCCCGCCGCGAAGGAGAUGCGCAAGGACGCCACGAGCACGAUCCAGCGCAACGCCAAGCACCUGCUCACGAUCAUCAACGACAUCCUCGAUAUCGCCAAGCUCCGCGCCGGGCGCAUCGAACUCGAGACGCAACGCGUCGACCCCGUCGCCAUGGUCGAGGGCGUCGUCUCGCUCAUGCGGCCCAACGCCAUCGACCGCGGCCUCACGAUGACCGUCCGCUACGACACCGCGAUCCCGAAGUGGAUCCACGCCGACCCCGUCCGCGUCCGCCAGAUCCUGCUCAACCUCAUCGGCAACGCCAUCAAGUUCACGGAGAACGGCGGCGUCACGCUUGCCGUCUCGGUCGAGGGCGAGCAUCCCACGGCCGUGCGGUUCGCCGUCAUCGACACCGGCAUCGGCAUCGCGCCGGAAGACCAGGACCACCUCUUCGAAGCCUUCCGCCAGGUCGAUUCCAGCCGCACCCGGCGCCACGGCGGCACCGGCCUCGGCCUCACCAUCUGCCAGCGCCUCGCCGGCCUCAUGGGCGGACGAGUCGCGCUCCGAAACAGCUCGGGCGAGGGCAGCACCUUCAUCUUCGAAUUCGAAACCGAAUCCUCCGGGGCCCUCGGGUCCUGGGCGGGCCCAGCGCCCGACGAAACCGCCGAGCCCAGCGCUUCGGAGCUGGACCUGAAAGGCCUCCGCGCCCUGCUCGUCGAGGACGGCGACGACAACAGGCGCAUCAUGUCCAUGAUGCUCAGCGCCGCCGGCGCGACCGUCACCGUCGUCGAGAACGGGCGCGAGGCCAUCCUCGCCUGCUCGGCGCGGAACGAAGAGGACGCGCCGCUCGCCGAACCGUUCCCCUUCGACCUCAUCGUCACCGAUAUGCAGAUGCCCGUCAUGGACGGCUACACCGCCACAUCAAAGCUCCGCAGCCUCGGCUGCGACGUCCCCAUCGUCGCCGUCACCGCCCACGCCAUGACCGGGGACGACGAGCGAUGCCUCAGCUGCGGCUGCGACGAGUACGUCACCAAGCCGAUCGACCCCGCCGCGCUCAUCAAGGCCUGCCGCGACUCGGUCGCCCCGCCCACCGACGCCGAGCGCACCGCCCGCGCCGCCGGCGAGGCGCUCCUCGACGCGUCCGACACCGACCGCCGCCUCGAAGGCGUCCCCCUCGACGACCUCCGCGCCGUCCUCAAACGCCUGACCAUACGCUUCCACCUGCGCAACAAGGCCGAGCAGCACGAGAUCGCCCGCAUUAACAGCGCCCGCGAGCGCGAAGCCACGCAGGACAACCCCCGCGCCGAGUCCCUCGAGGACGCGGUCCUCCGCCUCUCUCGCGCCGGCGUCUCGAAGGACACGCUCCUCCGCCGGCUCUCGGAUCUCGACAUCCAGCCCACCCUCACCGCCCACCCCACCGAGGUCCGCCGACGCGCCAUCCUCGCCAAGCAGGCCGCCAUCGGCGAGUGCCUCCGCGAGCUCGACGCGGGCACAUCACGCCUCGAACGCGAACGCCUCGAGGACCGCGUCCGCCAGACCCUCGCCCUCCAGCUCGCCACCGACGAGGUCCGCGCCGUCCGCCUCGACGUCAUCGACGAAGUCCGCAACGGACUCUUCCACCUCGCCGGCGUCAUCUGGGACGCCGUCCCCGACCUCCAGCGCGACCUCCGCGACGCCGUCGAGACCGUCUACGGCGAGCGGGCCGACGUCGCCCCCGUCGUCCGCUACCGCUCCUGGAUCGGCGGCGACCGCGACGGCAACCCCAACGUCACCGCCGAGUUCACCGAGCGCACCUUCGCCAUGCUCCGCGACGCCGCCGCCGAACGCUGGGACGAAGCCCUCGAAGAUCUCCACCACGAGCUGAGCGUCUCCGCGCGCCGCACGCCGACACUCCCCGAACUCACCGAAAACCUGGAGCGCGAGCGCGAGGCCAACCCCCUCCCCGGCGACCUCGCCCGCCACCACGAGCACGAGCCCAUCCGCGAGAAGCUCCACUUCAUCCGCCACCGCCUCGCCGGGAACGGGAGCGCCCCGCUCACCACCGCGAAGCUCAUCGAAGACCUCGAGCUCAUCCGACGAGCCCUCGCGCACGCCGGCCUCGAGAGCGUCGCCGAACGCGGCGCCGUCCGCGACAUGCUCGUCAGCGCGCGCGCCUUCGGCCUCCACCUCGCCGCGCUGGACAUCCGCCAGCACUCCCGCGUCCACGAAGCGGCGGUGGGGGAGAUGCUCGCCGCCGCCGGCGUCGAGUCGGACUACGCCGCCCUCGACGAGCCCGCCAAACUCGCCCUCCUCGAACGCGAGCUCGAGUCCGACCGACCCCUCCUCAGCCGCGCGGCCGAGGUCUCGGACGACACCCGCGAGACCCUCGCCGUCUUCGAACUCCUCGCCCGCGUCGCGCCGGACGCGCCCGAGUCUCUCGGCAGCUACGUCAUCUCCAUGACCCACCAGGUGAGCGACCUCCUCGAGGUCGUCGUCCUCAUGCGCGAGGCCGGCCUCUGGCGACGCGACAGCGCCGGAAACGUGCGCAGCGCCAUGGACAUCACGCCCCUCUUCGAGACCGUCAAAGACCUCGAAGUCUCCGAGUCCCUCCUCCGCGGCAUGUUCGCGAGCCCCGCCUACGGCGCCCAGCUCGAAGCCCGCGGGCGAUUCCAGGAGAUCAUGCUCGGCUACUCCGACUCCAACAAGGACGGCGGCUACGGCGCCGCCAACUGGCGGCUCUUCCGCGCCCAGCGCGAUAUCGCCCGCGUCUGCCGCGAGGCGGGCGUCGGCCUCCGCUUCUUCCACGGCCGGGGCGGCUCCGUCGCGCGGGGCGGCGGACGCGCCCAGCGCGCCAUCCUUUCUUCGCCGCCGGAAAGCCACACCGGCAAGAUCCGCUUCACCGAGCAGGGCGAGGUCAUCACCUUCCGCUAUUCGAUGCGCGAGAUCGCCAGGCGCCACCUCGAGCAGAUCGUCGGCGCCGUCCUCACCGCCGCCGCGAAAGCCCCCGAGCCCGCGAGCGACCGCGACGAGGCCCUCGCCGAGAUCAUGGAAACCAUGAGCGCCCGCUCCAUGCGCGCCUACCGCGAGCUCAUCGACGACCCCGCCCUCUGGGCCUGGUUCGUCGACCACUCGCCCGUCCGCCACAUCGGCCGCCUCCCCAUCGCCUCGCGCCCCGUCUCCCGAGCCUCCGGCGGCGAGCUCACCUUCGACGCCCUCCGCGCUAUCCCCUGGGUCUUCUCCUGGACGCAGAUGCGCUUCAGCAUCCCCGGCUGGUACGGCAUCGGCGCCGGCCUCGGCUCGCAGCUCGACGAGAAUCCCGCACUCAUCGAGACCUGCCGCGACGCCUACGACGCCGGCGGCGUCUUCCGCGUCGUCAUCGACAACGCCCAGCAGGAGAUGGCCCGCGCCCGCCUCCCCGUCGCGCGCCGCUACCUGGGCGAGGCGCAACGCGACAUCGCGGUGCGCAUCACGCAGGAGUUCGACCGCGCCCGCGCCGUCGUCCUCGACAUCACCCGCCAGUCCGAACUGCUCGACAACAACCCCGUCAUCCAGCAGUCCAUCAGCGAGCGCAACCCGGACACGGACGCCAUCAACGCCAUCCAGAUCGAGCUCCUCCGACGCUACCGCGACGAGCCGAGCGAAGAGCUCCACCAGGCGAUCCUGCUCAGCGUCAACGGCCUCGCCGCCGCGAUGCAGAGCACCGGCUGA